AUAUGCACUUGAAAUAUCACUUCUGAGGCUUCUUGUGGUUAAGAAACAUAAUGUUUUGGCGGUGGAACGUUUUCCUCAUUUCUGUCUGUUUCUGCGCUUACAUUAUUGAGUGUACACCAAAGAAAGAAGAUCCCGUACAAAUUGUGAAGAAGUAUCAUUUAGAAUGCAUAGAUGAAACAAAAGCGGAUCCCGGUAUCGUUGCGAGGAUUAAAAAGGGAGAUUGGAAAAUUCCAAAGGCAAAACUUCAGCAGAUAAAGGAAUGGUGUCUUUGCGUGAUGAUGAAAGCUGGACUAAUGACUAAGCAAGGAGUGUACAAAAUCGACGUGGCGCUGUCUCAGGUACCUUCCGAAGACAAAGGAAGCGUUGAAAAUUUAAUAGAUACUUGUCUUAGUAAAAAAGCUAUUCCUGCUCCAGACAUCGCAAUGAUGUUUAUAAAAUGCUAUCAAAAAGCGAGAGGAAACUACACCGUGACAGUCUUGUAAAUGUGCCAUCUAUUGUCAACUACAUGCACUCUACGCUUUAACUGAAAAGAGAGCCAUCUAUUAAGAAAAAGGUUGAAUUAUACAAAGAGGUGUUGGGAAUAAGAUUGAUUUAAAUUUAUUUGAAACAUUACAUUUGGAAAUAGUUUGGAACUUUUACUGUAGAUGGCUCUGUUUGAAACACUGCAAAAAUAAAAAUGUACAAUUAACAAAAGAGUUUUUAUUCUGCUA